AUGACCAACUCAGCAGCAGAUUCCAAUGGAUCAGCAGCAGAAGCAGGAGCAGCAACGCCACAUGCUGGCAGCAACAGCAGCAGCAGCAGCAGCAGCAGCGGACGCCGCUUGAUAUCUUUCUCUGUUGCCUCUAGUGCCAAUGAACGGCAGCGCAUGCAGCAUGAACAAAAUAGAGCAGCAGCAACAGCAACAGCAGCAGCGGCAGCAGCAGCAGCAGCAACUGCAGCAACUGCAGCAACUGCAGCAGAAGGAAAUAGAGGCCUCAUAGUAGAACGCGAAAAUGCAACUGCCGCAGCAACGUCGGACGCUGCAGCAACAGCAGCAACAGCAGCAGCAACAGCAGCAGCAGCAGGAACUGCUGCAGCAGCAACAGCGAACACUGAUGCUUCCUCCACAGGAGGGGAUGCUUCGGCAGCAACAGGAGCUGAUGCAGCAGCAGCUGCUGCUCCUGCUGCUGGUCCUGCUGCUGCUGCUGCUGCUAGUGGUAAUUAUAUGAGUGUUGGUAAAUUUAUGCGUCGCUGCGGCAGUGCAGCAGCAGCAGCAGCAGCAGCAAGAAGACGUAAACAUCCUGAAUUAGCAGGAACAGGAUGGGACCCUCAGCAGCAGCAAAUCUCCCCUAGCAGCAGCAGCAACAACAACAACAGGAACAGCAACAGCAGCAGCAGCAGCAUAAGAUUAGCAGCAAAAGCUAAUGAGGAAGGAGUGUUAGCUCCUGGUUGUGUAUUAAGAGCAGCAAGACAAGCAGCAGCAGCAGCAGAGGAAGCAGCAGCAGCAAUAUCUUCCUUACACAGCAGCCAAUUAUCCUUAAUAAAUGGCACAACAGCAGCAGCAGCAGCAGCAGCAGCAGGUAACAGCAGCAGCAGCAGCAGCAGCAAGAGGAAGAAGAAAAUAGUAUUAAAGGAAGCAACAUGGGAAGCAGCACUUGCUGCUGCAGUAGAGAGACAAUACUAUCCAGAUCUCCCGCUGCUGCGGCUGCUGCAGCAGCUGCUAGCAGCAGCAGCAAAAGGAGAUAAUAAUAAAAUAUUUAUUAUUAAUCAACAAAUUAAUUCCCUUGCUAAUGCUACACCUGAACAUCUUAAUCCUGCUAGGAGGCAGUGUCUGCUGCCGCAGCAGCAACAGCAACAGCAGCAGCAGCAGCAACAGCAACAGCAGCUGCUGCAGCAGCAUUUGCUGCUGCUGCAGGAGACUCCUGAACUUAUAAGUGCAGCAGAAGACAGAGAAAUCACCAAAAGGAGGAGAGGAGAUGACAUGUCUUAUGAGCAGCAGCAGCAGCAGCAGGAGCAGCAGCAGGAGCAGGAGCAAGAUAUGCAGCAGCAGCCACAGAGGAAACGUAAGCAGCAGCAGCAGCAGCAGCAGCAGCAGCAGCAAGGGUCAGACAAUGAGGACGAUGAUGAGCCAGUAGUACUGAUGAAGGAAGUUAAGCCCGAGCUAAGAGAGUUGCUGCAGCACGACGUAAUAGAUGUAGAUGCAUGCAGCAACUGCAGCAGCAGCAGCAGCAGCAGCAGCAGCAACAGCAGCAGUGAUUCAGAGGAUGGUGAGGCUAGUGGUCUAUUGGAUGCAGAAGAGUUAGAGAGACAGCAGCAACUGCAGCAGCAGCAGCAGAAGUUAGCAGAGCAGCAGCUGCAGCAGCUGGAUGAAGAAACCCGUCGUCUGCAGCACAACCGCCAGCAGCAGCAGCAACAGCAGCAGCAGCAGCAGCAGCAGCAAAAAAAAAAGAAAGAAAUAGGUAUAGAUGAAUUCUUUGAUCUAUUUAUCUCUGAGGAUCAAGACAGCGCACAACGUUUAUUAGAUCAGCAGCAGCAGCAGCAGCAAGAAAAACGCAUGCAAUUAUGGCAGCAGCAGCAGCAGCAUAAUAAAAAGCAGCUGCUGCUGCAGCAGCAAACUGUUGCAGGUAGAUCUGCUGCUGCUGGUCCUGCUGUUGGCUUCCAUCCAGGAGCAACGCGUCUUUUCUUUAAGGGGAUCGAUGCAGAUGACGAUCCCCGUAACUUUAUGCCAAGGGGGGAGAUACGCUCGGAGUGUACACGUUUUACUACUAUGCAGCGGGCACUGCAGCAGCAGCAGCUGCAGCAGCAGCUGCAGCGGCGUCGUGCGCAGCACCUAAACCUAGACAGCAGCAAGAUGCACCAGAUGGUGCAGCACGGGGAAUUUAGGCCUCCUCCUCCCCAUCAACUUCAGCAGCAGCAGCAGCUGCUGCUGCAGCAGCAAGGAGGAGGAGCAGCAGCACCAGGAGGAGGAGGAGGAGCAGCAGCAGCAGCAGCAGCAGCAAUUCAGCUACCAGGAGAAAAGCCCAUAGGAUUUUCCUUAACUUCUUUGCCUAUUAAUUUGCCUAAUAAACAACCUAAUGAGCCUAAUACCCAGCAACUUACAUGGGGUUCUUUAUUGAGUACCCCUUUGCUGCUGCAGAUAGGAGCAGCAACACCGUGUAUUGCUGCUGCUGUUCAUGGUGAUGUUCCUCCUCUGCAUGCGGAUGUUAUUAGCUAUAAGAUGCCUGAGCCUGCCCUAUCUAGUAGGAGAGCAAGAGAGGAGAGUGCAGCAGCAGACUUCAAGAUAAGGGGGAGCUUCUCUAUUAAGAGAAAAGGCGUCAGCAGCAGCAGCAGGAAAAGCUGCAGCAACAGCGUCGUGUCUGUUAACUCCUCUGCAACACCUCGGCCACACAGCAGCAGCAGCAGCAGCAGCAGCAGCAGCAGUAGCAGUAGCAAGCAGUAG